CAACGAGUUAGAGUGUUGGCACUGCAGUUGAGACUCCACCAGCAAUCACCCAAGGAGCGGAGGAUUCGCAGAAGGCGGGAAUUCGAAAGCUGUGGGCAUAAUCCUGGGCUGUCAGUGAAUGUCACAUAAUUACUUCACACUUAUUGUUCCUUUGAACUUACCGACACGGUUGUUAUACAUACUUUCGGUGUUUGAUAUGAUGACUUCCACAAAUGAACAACCAACAGUGUAAUUGUCCGAGCAUAACCCUAAACCUAACCCUAAAUAUUUAGCCAUAAUAAUCUAUAUUAUCAGUAAUCACAUUGAAAUCUAAGUGCUUUUGCAGGAUAAAACAAAUCUUACCGGAAUCCCAAGAGCGAGUGUAAAUGCAAUAAUAUCUAAUCACGUCGAAGUGCUGUGGGCUCUUUUCGCUAACUGGCAAAAGAGACCGGACGCUGCUGAAGCGAAAGCUAGUUUCGUCCCUGGAUCCUGUCCUGUCCUGUACUGCACAACCUUGCUGGUGUUCCUAGAUUUUAACCACUGCGAAUUCUGCGUUCCCGCUCCCAUAUGGGGGCGAGUGCAAGCCGCGGCAGGGAUAAUGAGUCCCUAAUUGAUAAGCUUGUCGAAAGUGGUCUCUCUUUGCCCACUGAAGUCGAAAGGGCCAUGAGAUUGGUGGACAGAGGCGAAUACUUUAGCGAGAAAAGCCCACGGGCAUAUAUGGAUUUGGCUUGGAUCUCCGGUUCUCUCCAUCUAUCCGCUCCUAAUAUAUACGUCGCGGCUUUGAAGAACCUGGACAUAUCUCCUGGGCAAAGCUUUCUAAACGUGGGAAGUGGCUCUGGGUACCUGAGCACCAUCGUCGGACUGCUUCUUGGAUAUAAUGGUGUUAAUCAUGGAAUAGAACUGAGCGCCGCCAACGUGGAUUUCGCCAAGCGCCGACUACAAACAUUCCUAGCUCAGUCAGAUGCACCGUUGGAGCGCGACUUUUGCGUGCCGCAUUUCGUACAUGGGAAUAUUUUCGAAUUAGUUUCUCCACCUCUUCGAACUCCCCUUUACUUUCACGACUCACUCCGCGGAGAUACUGGUGGUGAGUCUAGUGAGGAAGAUGGAAAUGAUAUGGGCAAUGGGGAGCAGCAAAUGGCCUCUACUGAGGGCGACUCAUACGAAAAUGCAAAUGGAGCCCCCUUGGAUUCUUCGUUGGAAGAAGCGGUCUGCAGUACGAACCACAACCAGGCAGAUGGCGAUUGUCACAGCAAUGGUAUGAACAUGGAUCCACCUCCUUCAGUGGAUACAACUCGAGCAAUCUCAGACCAGCUACUCUCGUGGCCACUAUACGAUCGAAUUUAUGUCGGUGCAGCUAUACGAAACCGGGCACAUUUGCAGUGUAUUUUAAGACUUUUGAACAUUGGUGGAGUACUCAUCGCCCCCGUGCAAGACGAGUUCGUCAAAAUCACUCGGACCGGGGAGAACCGCAUCACCCGAGUUGACUUGCUCUCUGUGAGCUUCGCCCCUCUGAUCCUUCCUCCGACAAAUUCGUCCGCACUCGUGCGACCUCCUCCUCCCCGAGAGUUACCUACUUUGCGGAAGCUGAGUGGUCGGGUGCUGCGUUCUGCGAUCCGCUCGUGGAUCAAACAACGACACAACGGCUUGCCAACUCUCGGGCGUUUAACUGAGGUUGAGACUGAUGUGCAAAAGAAAAAACGCCGGAACAAAGCAGUUAUCUCCGAUGCCUCCAGCGUGAGCCCGAUAGCUGUCGAUGCAGAAGAAUGCAAUCCAGUCGAUCAAGAUCAUUCUUCCUCUGAAAGUAGCGAUUUAUGUUCUGAUGGCACUUUCGAAGAACAUCAAGCAGCCAAUGGUUUUAUUGACGGGAUCAGUGACAGUUCUUGGUCAGGCGCUGAUCGUUGCCCUACUUCAGAUCAAUCACAGACGUCUUCCUCAGAAACCAGACGUCGGAGCGGUAGUAUGGCGCGCUUGCUACAUCACUUGGUGGUGAGAUCCCGUUUAAGUGCGGCUGAAGCACCCGUCUUACCUGACAGUGAAGCAUCAACUCCCUUGGCUGGGCAACGCACUGAGCGAGUGCUCGAUGAAUCUGCCGAUCGCAACACACCUGACGGAUCUCGAAUUCUGUUGUUCAGCCUUGCGCGUGACGGCGCACCUUCGGAAACACAAACCAAUGAAGACUCUGGGGAACACAACCAACAAUUACGGUUAAGGGUUGCCGAAACGCUAAUGGCGGCCUUCCGGAAUAGCGGGACGGACUCGGAUGGCCGAGACGACCCCGAGGGCACACAAGGAAAUGAAGGCGCCCAGACGCACCCAGAGGAUGAUGAUGAGACCAGGUACGCCGAGUGGAUGGACGGCGAGCGGCCAUCACGGAGCCAGCGUAAACAAAAGAGACGCCAACGGGAAUUUCGAUAUAAUCCACCUAGCUACCGUUUCCGAGACGAAAUGCGAAAAAUAAUGCAGGAAGAACUACAUCUACCAAUUCGCAUUAUUGAGGAUGUGUUUUCUCUGUGAAUGCUCCUAUCUUUCCAUUUUGUACAUACACUUUUGAUUCACCUUUAUUUCUAAUUCGUCGCAACAUUAAGAUCUCCUAGAGUCAUGAGUUUUAUUAUUCUGUCCAGAUGAUGUUGCCCUUCUGUCUCGAUACGCACCAAACAUCAGAACAACGGAUAGCGGACAAGUGCAUGCUAGUAGAAACAGCAGAUAUUCACAGAUUAAAUUACAUCGCGCUAUUUUCAUUCUGUUUUCUUUUGCUUCGCCCCGGAUAAUUCGCUAAUUCGUUUUCGACGCGGGUUCCAGCGUCUCAGCCAUUUCAAUCUGAAGUACAAUGAUGCGGAGAAUU